CGACUGAGUUGUAAGUCGCACACUAACGACUUGCUUUGUCAGUAGAAUUUACGAAUUUUGUGGGAGAAGACGGUAGAGUCUCAUGCCUAGUAAAAUUGAGACGGACGCGAGGGAGAUGCCUCAGACUUGUUGCGUGCAAAGAGAUCAGCCGCAAGACCUCUACAGGCGAGAUGGUGUGUUUGCCAAGCAGCAGCGGGAGCAGACUGUCGCAUCCAACGACGUUCACACGUUGUUUUCUCAAAGCAUUCACAGGGAAGUAUCUGCUGCUGCAUAUUCUGCCAGAUCGUUAGCACCUCAAAUGGCAGAUGAUAUUUCUAAUGGCGGUGUUCAGGUGCAUUCCAGAAUACAUCAACAUCAGAAUCGACUUCAACAGUAUGAUCCAACCUUUCAGCUGCCGUAUGGAGAAGCAACAUCAGAUCCAUAUGAUCAGGUGAAUGGCAGGGAUGAUUCUUACUGCACUACACAGCCGCAACAGUUGCCAUACAGGAGCAGUGUUGCUGGAAAUUUUAUUAGCAACACAGCAGCGGGAUUCCUCGAUGCUCAAGAAGCUGUUCGAUCAACAGCUGGAUGUCCUAGUCUGUCUGCACCGUAUCACUCUGCACCAGGACAUUACCCGUAUAUGCAGCAGUUGGGUGAGAUAACAUUUGGUCAGACACAUCGGCCUCCCUACGCAACAGCUCAGUCUCAGAUUGGCUACGGAAGACGACCGUACGGUUAUUAUCCUUCUCCUGGUUUGCCUAGUCCGGCUUUACCCGAUCCGGGAAUGGCCAAUCCGAUUUUGGCACCACAUCAGACUUUUCAGUAUCCACACGGCAGCCCGCUGCCGCAUUCCCCUGCAAGUCACGGUCAUCCAGCGCUCCCUCUCAGUCCGGACAGCACUUUCAAUGGCGAAUGUCACCCAGGGUAUGACUACAAGUUUCAGAAACUGACCAAGGAUGCAAUGAGGCAAUACUUAGUAGACAGAAAUCAUCAGCGAAUAAUCAUCCUUCACGCCAAGGUAGCUCAGAAAUCAUAUGGCAAUGAGAAAAGGUUUUUUUGCCCGCCACCAUGUGUAUACCUCUCAGGUCUUGGGUGGAAACUGGGGCCACUCGGCGACGGCAAAGACUCACCUGAUUUAGUCAAGCCGUGUGCAUUUAUUGGAAUUGGAAACAAAGAUCAGGAGAUGCAGCAGUUGUCUGUGGAAAACACGGGGUAUUGUGCUGCAAAAACUUUGUAUAUUUCUGACUCAGACAAACGAAAGCACUUUCAACUGCUCGUUAAAAUGUUCUUCAGCAAUGGUAAAGAUAUUGGAGUUUUCCUUUCAAAGAAAAUCAAGGUAAUUUCAAAACCGUCCAAGAAGAAACAGUCGUUGAAGAACGCAGAAUUGUGUAUUCCAUCUGGCUCACAAGUGGCUCUCUUCAACAGACUCAGAUCGCAGACUGUCAGCACACGCUACUUGCAUGUGGAAGGGAAUAAUUUUCAUGCAAGCAGUCAACAAUGGGGUGCCUUCACAAUUCAUCUGGUUGAUGAAAAUGAGAAAGAAGCAGAAGAGUUCACUGUUCUUGACGGCUACAUCCAUUAUGGUCAAACAGUCAAGCUGGUAUGUACCAACACAGGCAUGGCUCUACCUAGAUUGGUAAUCAGAAAAGUAGACAAACAAACUGCAAUUCUAGAUGCAGAUGAUCCAGUCUCCCAACUGCACAAGGUUGCUUUCUACAUGAAGGACACAGAAAGGAUGUAUCUGUGCUUAUCUCAAGACAGAAUUAUCCAAUUUCAGGCCACACCUUGCCCUAGGGAAUCAUCUCGAGAAAUGAUCAAUGAUGGUGCUUCUUGGACCAUCAUUAGCACAGACAAAGCUGAAUACACAUUUUGUGAAGGAAUGAGUCCUGUGCCAUCACCUGUUUCACCUUGUCCUGUAGUCUAUAACAUGCAGUUGAAUGGAGGUGCUGAAUUCUCAAUGGUGGAAAUCAUGGGUGAGAAUUUUUCUCCUGAUCUGAAAGUCUGGUUUGGAGAUCAAGAAGCAGACACAAUGUUUAGGUGCCAUGAAACUCUCAUAUGUGUAGUUCCUCCGAUCAGUCUACAUCGUCCUGGAUGGACAUAUGUGAAGCACAUACUUCGCGUACCCAUCUGUCUAGUUCGCCGUGAUGGAGUUAUCUACCCCACUACUCUUUCUUACACAUACACACCAGAACCCUCAUCCGUUCCUCUGUGCCAGCCAGCAGCUGAUGGAAUCUUGCACGACUCCCUCAGCCCCAGUGACUCACCUGUUUUUCAUCCAGGUCUCAAUGUGUAAAGAUUUUACUGGAAGUAACACAUAUGUCUGCUUCAAUUGCAAGCGAAAACAGAAGGCUCGUAACAUACAUACAGGACAUGAUGGACUGCAUUCUCACAAAGCCCAGUAGUUAGUAUAUCCUAUGUUGUUUGGAAGUUGAUGUGUUUAUUUCCUUCUAGUAAGUUGCAAAUAGCUGAGAGUACAAGAUAUAUGUAGCUUACGGAGACAUGUAGAGUAAGAGAGGCAGUUGAUAAGUUGUAAGUCCUCGUCAAUUUAUAGAUGUUUUAUGGUGACUUUGCUUUGGCUUGGUUUAUUUUAAUUAAGUUGACUGAAGAAUUGAAAUAGACUCGAUAUAUGGACACUAUUAAUUUAGUGAGAGAUA